AUGGAUUUAUUUGACCACAGCUACUGGCGCCUUCCAUGGACUUCACAAACAGAGUCCGGCAGGCGGCAGUCGGCCCGCACGAGCGCCACCCCGCGGCCGGCCGACCCUGUGUUCGACACCAGCCUGGUGACCGACGUGAGCGUGCCGCUGGGAGCCACCGCCGUGCUGCACUGCCGCGUCCGGAACCUCGCGGGACGACCAGUGUCUUGGGUGAGGCGACGAGACUGGCACAUCCUGACCUCUGGUCCGGUGACGUACACGAAUGACGACCGCUUCCAAGUGGUCAGCACGCCGUCAGGAACCGACUGGAGCCUCCACAUCAAGUACGUCCAGAAGAGGGACAACGGCACGUACGAAUGUCAGGUGGCGACUGGUAGCGGCACAAUGUCACACUACUUCAACCUCCUGGUGCUGGUGCCCAAGGCUUUCAUCCUGGGCAGCGGGGACUACCACAUCGGCGAAGGCAGCACCAUAUCGCUCGUCUGCAUCAUCGAGAACAGCCCUCUGUCGCCGCAGUACGUGUUCUGGCGGCACAACGACCGCGAGGUGGGCGUCGAAGGCGUAGGUUCGACUCCCGGCGUCUCCGUGGUCACGGAGCCGGGACCCAAAACUCACUCCAGGCUGGUCGUGUCGCGGGCCACGACCGCCCACUCCGGGAACUACACCUGCGGUGCGCCCGGCGCCGAGACCGACACAAUCAACGUCUUCGUGUCGGAGGGCGACAACACGGCGGCCAUCCAGCGCCAGUCGGCAUCGGCGGCGCCCCCACCUGCUGCGUCGCGACGCCCCUCCUGGCUGCAGGGCGCACCGGUCUUACUGGCAGCGGCCGCCGCGGUCGCCUUCUCGAGAUCGAGGUGACACUGCUAGAUGAUCUAGCUGUCGGAGAACGACAUCCUUCCCGGGGACAGCAACCACUAGCUGAUGUCUUAUUCCCGGAUUCCUCCCACAAUGUCUACAUGUGAGGAGGCAACCAGAAAUGC